CGAUUUUCCACGUAAUUAACGAUAAAAGAUCCUAUGAAGACUGCAACGUCAUUACACACGCACGUACGGAUCAGUUUUGUUCCGUUCACACUUCACACUCAGUCAAAUAGUCAAACACCUCCACAACCUUCUAUAAAUACUCGAAUCACUUACCACCAACAAUUCAUCAAAAACUCGACAAUGGAAACUCCCAAAGGCACUAUCAUUUUCACCACCGUCGGUCGAACUCACUACGGCUUCGACGUCUUCUCUCUCAACAUAGCCACCUCCGUCGAACGCCGUUUAACAGACGGCGUUUCCGUGAACUUCAACGCUCAAUUCGUCAACGAUAAAAGCGAUGAUGUCGUCUUUGUUUCGGAAAGAAACGGAUCCGCCAGGAUUUACAAAACCCGAUCCGGAAUUUCUAAGCCCGAGCAGAUUCCCGGAGCUCCAGAGAGCUACUUCCACGACCGUCCUAUCAUCACUCAAAACAACAGACUCUAUUUCAUCUCUGCUCACGAGCAACCUGAUCGUUAUUUCAAGAAUUGGUCUGCGCUUUACACCGUGGAGCUCAACAGCGCAAAGAGAGAAGUUACACGUGUCACUCCACCAGACACCGCCGACUUUAGUCCGGCGGUUUCUCAAUCUGGAGAUUUCUUAGCCGUUGCUUCUUAUGGAACUCGCUCUUGGGGUGGUGAGUUUCACGAGAUCAACACUGAUAUUACUGUUUUCAAAGCAUCAAAACCAGAGACAAGAGUGGUUAUCUGCGAGCGUGGUGGAUGGCCGACUUGGUCCGGCGAUUCAACUGUUUUCUUCCACCACCAAGCAGACGACGGUUGGUGGAGCAUCUUCCGGGUAGAUAUACCGGAGAAUUUCACGGAAUAUACCGAUUUCCCAAUCACACCAAUCCGAGUCACUCCAUCUGGACUCCAUUGCUUCACUCCUGCAGCUUUCCGCGACGGGAAACGAAUCGCCUUAGCAACUCGCCGUCGCGGCGUCAACCACCGUCACAUCGAGAUUUACGACCUUGAAAACACAACGUUUCAGCCGGUGACUGAGUCACUCAAUCCGAGUUUCCACCAUUACAACCCUUUCGUGUCUCCAGACUCCGAGUUCCUCGGCUACCACCGAUUCAGAGGCGAGUCAACUCAAGGCGAGUCAAUCGUACCUAACAUCGAAUCCAUCGUUUCACCAAUCAAAACCCUCCGAUUACUAAGAAUCAACGGAUCGUUUCCAUCAUCAUCUCCCAACGGUGAUCUAAUCGCAUUGAACUCCGAUUUCGACAUCAACGGUGGAAUCAAAGUAUCUAAAUCCGACGGUUCAAAACGAUGGACGUUGAUCAAAGACCGUACAGCUUUCUACAAUUCAUGGAGUCCAACAGAGCGUCAUGUAAUCUACACAUCUCUAGGUCCAAUCUUCUCUCCGGCGAGAAUCGCGGUUCAGAUAGCUCGAAUCAAGUUCGAUCCAUCAGAUCUCACCGCUGAUAAAGAAGAUCUUCCAUGUGAUGUGAAGAUUCUCACUCUAGAGAACACUGGGAAUAACGCUUUUCCGUCUUGCUCUCCGGACGGUAAAUCAAUCGUGUUCCGAUCUGGUAGAUCAGGUCAUAAAAAUCUCUACAUUGUAGACGCCGUUAACGGAGAAUCUAACGGCGGUGGAAUACGACGGUUAACGGAUGGGCCAUGGAUUGACACUAUGCCUUGCUGGUCUCCGAAAGGAGAUCUCAUCGGAUUCUCAUCUAAUCGUCAUAAUCCAGAGAACACGGCCGUGUUCGGUGCUUACGUGGUGAGACCUGACGGUACUGGUUUGAGGAGGAUUCAAAUUUCGGGACCGGAAGGGUCUGAGGAAGCGGCGAGGGAGAGAGUUAAUCAUGUGAGUUUCAAUAAAGAUGGUGAUUGGCUUGUUUUCGCGGCGAAUUUGAGCGGAGUAACGGCGGAGCCGGUGACGAUGCCGAAUCAGUUUCAGCCUUAUGGGGAUUUGUACGUUGUGAAAUUAGACGGAACGGGAUUGAGGAGGCUGACGUGGAAUGGGUAUGAAGAUGGGACUCCUACGUGGCAUACUGCUGAUGAAUUGGAUUUGAGUCAGUUGAAUUUGAACGGUCAAGAUGGUGACAAGCUUGAAGGUCAGUUUGAGGAGCCGUUGUGGAUUUCUUGCGAUAUCUGAAUGCGAUUUCUCCUUUUCUUAUAAAAGACUGUCAUAUUUAUGUAAUCUCGCUUUUUUUAUUUCAAUAAAACAAACAAAAAUAAAUGCAUUUAGCAUU